CGUCAGAGUAUGGAGAAAGUUUGAACGAAUUGAAAUAAGAAAACUUUGAGCAUAUACAACUCGGAUUAAUUUUGUAAAUGAGCAUCUACUUGUAUCUAAACUAAGUGAGGAUAAAUAAUGAAUACUUAAUCUAUAUUUUAAGAAGGAUUAACACAAAUCGGAGGAACACUAUCAGCACUUGAGUUUACCACUUAAAUGUAAUAUGACGUGGAAAUGUGACCACGCGUCCAGGAAUGGCAUUGUUGGGAGGAUUUGGUGGGGCCUCCAAGAAGAAAGGUGCAUCAGGAAAGGAUAGAGGAUCUCGAGAGAUGCUUGACCGUAGACCCCUCAAGUCAUUAGUACUCCAGCCCCCACAUUACGUCAUUGACAGGAAAUACCUACAUGAAGCAUUUGUAGAAAAGGAAAUAAGAUUUGCUGGUAUUGUAGGCCACAUCCCUAUCACAUUGGACACAACUAACAGAACAGAUAUACUCAGAAUUAUAGAUAAAGCUAAGUCAGAGGGCAGGCUCCCGUGGACCACUAGCUAUCAACAUGAUGCCAUAUUUACUAUUUGCUCCAGAGAUGUAAAAAUUACUUCCAGAGAUGAGGAGGUUCUAAAGCUAAGAUUACCAAUUACUGAAAUUUCUUCAAUGUGCUAUAUAAGGGAUGAUGACACAGAUAUAAUGGGGAUGCUCUAUGGUAACCCUGAUGAUAUUGGGAGGGACAGUAGUCAAGCCUGGGGAAAGUUUGCGUUCUUUUAUUGCGACUCCAGGCGCACAGCAGAAGAGAUCUGUGCUUUAUGUAGAACUGUUUGUGAUAUAGUAUAUGAGGAGAGUCGGACCAGGGAUGUCCUAGAGGACCUUGAUAAUGCCAUCGAUCCUCAUGAAAACUCAUCAUUUUCUUCCUAUAGAACCAGUGAUCCAGUGUCAACUACUAGAGCUGCAGGAGCUGGAUUUAUUUCCCAAUCUCAUUUUGGUGAUACCUCUACAAUAUCUCACCAGAUGGCGACACCAGAGCGCAUGAGGAGCGAGAGUGAAAGCAGCCACGUAACUGAUAGUGAUCGGUUACAGCAAGAAAAUGUUAUUGAAUACACAAACUCACUAACUUUAAAUUUUACCAAUACAGAAAUAAAAAAUAUAGCUGAGACGCUUGGGAGCUAUUUGAAACAAGGCGCUCGAAUGCCUGUUCAGAUGUUCUGUGAAACCAUGAUGUCCAUAUUUGGUGAAUCCAGAAAAAAACUUUUAGCAGAUCUGGAACCAUUUGUGCCAGCUGCUGAUGAAAUGCAGUUCAAAGCUUUUUUAGACAGACAUGGCUUGGGAGGCCAUAGAACAGUGUCCUCUAGUUCCUCGAGGCACUUCAGGCGUACAUUAAGCAAUACAUCAAACUUCAGUGACAUUGUCCAAAUGGACGAGUUUGAUAGGACUUUACAUGAUAUAUCUGCCAAAAUUGAAAAACUCGAAAUGAGCGUGGAAAAAGGAAAACCACACAGACUAAGAAAAUCCUGA